AUGAACAUAGACCACCUCCCCGGCGACCUUCUCCUCGAGAUCGCGAGCCACCUGAGGUUACCUUCAGAGAUACUGCACCUCAGCCUUACGUCCAGACACGUCUUUGGUCAGCUCGCCCAGGUUCUAUAUGCAGAGGUCAAACUACGCGGAUCUAUACAAUGCAUACAGACGCUGAAGAUGCUCGUCGCGCAUCCGGAGCGCGCACGGCACAUACGCUCGCUGUGUCUGCACCCGGACGAUCAUGGACCGUUCGCAGCGCGAAUAUGGGGACGCGGGGCGCUGUUCAACGGAUAUGCCAUAUCUGGAGCCAUACGCCGUCUGGCGUCGAAGAUGGAGAUACUACAGAGCUUUAUGUGGGAUGGAGAAGAGCUUCCCCCGUAUGAUGAUAUGUGGUUCGCUCUACGAGUCUUCUGCCCUAGAUUGAAAUUCAUCGGGACAUCCGUGGGCUCUAUUUUGACCUCGCCGAAUAGCCAUCUGUUCGACUUCAGAGAUCUGCAUGGCUUUUCCCUCAUAUUCAAACCAGGCUUCUUUGCGCAUAUGGAGCCCGGGUCGAGAGAUGAGGCUAUCCCCGGUUACAAGCGCCUGUGGUGUAUGCUCAUCAAUCACUGCCCGAAUCUGGAAGAGUUGACCAUCGACGGUUACUCUCCCGCUGAACCCGUGGACGCCCAUCGCCUCACCCGCGGGCGCUGGCCCUACUUGCGGAAACUCGUCCUAGGAGACGUCGUCACAGAAUGGCAUACGGCCUUGAAUCAUGCUGCACGCCGCUCUUUCCUCACCUUCCUCGAACAACAUCGCAACCUGGAGAUCCUACAUCUGCAUAGCGGUCAGAUGAGUGUCGGCUCUCCGUCCAUAUUGGAUGAUCUUCACGAUGGCGCGCUACCUAACGUGCGAGACUUCGGCGGAUCGCUUGCUCAGCUGCAAGCAUACGCUCACAGGGCGAAAGUUCACACCUUGCGGUUGCCUGAUGCUAUCCUGCUUCGGGAGAGCUCGCCGUUGACAGUUUCGGCUGUCCUGGUCACGGCUCCCCAACUCACGUCCCUCACGAUAUCGUUCGCUCUUCCUCACGGAUAUGAUAAUGGAGGGAUCGUUCGGUCAAUAGCAUCGGCAUGCCCCAUGCUUGAGCACCUCGACUUCACCUGCGCCUGCCGGCCGGCUUUCAAGUUUGACACGUUCUCUCGUUCAAUCAAACCACUCGGACGAUUGAGAAGCCUCCAACUCAGCAUCGUUCGCGCGCGAGGGGAGGAAACCCUCGUCACCUGUGGCUCACAGCUUGUCCGCGCCAACCCGCGAAUAUCGAACUUCACCAUCUCCUUCCUCGAACGCUCCGGCCCAUCCCCAACGCGAGGCUCUCCGCCUACAAUCAUCCGCAGCGCGUCGUUCGAUCUCUUGACGGAUCAGCACGGUUUACCCGUGCAGCUACGCGUGAGAGAGAAAUCCCGACCAUUACUCUGGUGGCGUCAGCCUACCGCCACUACUCAGCUCGUCGACAUGCGCCCACCGGGUUAUCCUGGGACGCUUAAGGGUGGUGUAGUUGCAUUACUACUCGACCCUUCGCCGGCAGGUCAAGAGAUGCGGGUCAUAUGCUUGUGCGCCGCGCUAGUGCUCUCCACUGUUGGAGGCUGCUUCCUACUCUAG